UCAUCCCCGGAAGUAGGGAGGCCAACCGGAAAGAGGCCAGAAGGAGAGGAGACGCCCCGCCCUUGCUACGGUGGCCUGAAAGGAGUGGCGGAAGCGGUGCAACAGAAUCGUUUCUGGGGUUCACAGUUGUGAUGUCUUUCAAGAGAGAAGGGGACGAUUGGAGUCAACUCAAUGUGCUCAAAAAACGAAGAGUCGGGGACCUGCUGGCCAGUUACAUCCCAGAGGAUGAGGCGCUCAUGCUACGGGAUGGACGCUUUGCUUGUGCCAUCUGUCCCCACCGACCGGUACUGGACACCCUGGCCAUGCUGACUGCGCACCGUGCAGGCAAGAAACAUCUGUCCAGCCUGCAGCUUUUCUAUGGCAAGAAGCAGCCAGGAAAGGGAAUGGAGCAGAAGCCAAGACAGCAGAAUGAAUUGAGGAGGGAAGAGACCAAAGCUGAGGCUCCUCUGUUAACCCAGACUCGGCUUAUCACCCAGAGCGCUCUGCACAGAGCUCCUCACUAUAACAGUUGCAGCCGCCGGAAGUACAGACCAGAAGCCCCUCGUCCCGUUGUCUCCCAUUCCCCUUUGCCACCCCGAGAGGUGGAACUCCAAAGUGGGCAGAUCAGCAGGGAACUGGAACCUGGGGCUGGCCCACAGGCCAAGGAGUCAGCCACUGUCUCAUCCCCUGCACCUCUGAGCCCCAGAAGAAGACGAGCCCUGGAUCAUUACCUCACCCUUCGAAGCUCUGGAUGGAUCCCAGAUGGACGAGGUCAAUGGGUAAAAGAUGAGAAUGUUGAGUUUGACUCUGAUGAGGAGGAACCCCCUGAUCUCCUCUUGGACUGACACCCCCCUUUCCCCAUUCAAUUCAAAUAAGCUACAGCCGGCGCUGGGAGCCUAACUUUGCUCAAGUCUGGUUUCUGUGUCCCAUUUCAGGAUUUCAAAUCUGUUCAUUCUCAGCCAGGCCAGUCCUUCCCUGCAAUGCACACAGCUCUCCAUACUUCUGACCCCUCCCCCACCUCUGCCAAAGUCAUGCCAAGCGUCAGCUGCAUGCAGCCUGGUGCCCUAUUAAUAAGUCUGUCAGAAGGAGGUCUUUGCCCUUCAUGUGUCUGCUUUUUUCCCCACAUCUACUCCAAGUCCUUCCCUUCUUUAAAUCACAUGAGGGUUGUGGAUGGGCACUGGGGGGCCUGGCCACAUCUAGAAACAGGGCCAAGGCUAGGUAUCCUAUGAAAGUACAAGAGACUAAAGGCAUUGGCAGGAUUAUGGGGAACACCAAGGGAGGGAGCUCCCCCACCUUCUCCUGGUAAUUUGAACCUCCCUGCCUGCUGAUCCCCAGAGUAUAAAUAAUCCCCUUGAUGAACUGGCAGUAACCCUUGGGGGUUAGCGCCAAGAUUCCCACCCCAAAGCCAAGGAAGGAGGCAUGCAGAUUGGACAGAAGGGCCUUUAUUUACAGGAAAGAGGGAUAGAUGAGGCUGUAAGCAUUCAGGGCUCCCAGCUCUAGUUGGUAAAGGGAAAGGUUGUGUUAUCUCUUUUUUUGCUGGCGACCUGUAAAGGAGGAAGAGUAAAUACAAGUCUUUGUUCGAUCUCUUGCUUCCCACAAAGGUGCUCUUCGCCUGUCCAGUUCUCUGGCCAGACUCACAAAGAGGUAAUGUCUUAAGGCCAUCAAACAUGCCCACUCCACAUCAACAAAACAAAAUAAAAAACAAUGCGGUGGGGCCAGCCCCAUGGCCUGGUGGUUAA